CCGCUUGCAUCAGUCGUUUGCCCCUGUGGCCUCUCCCCCCCCUCUCACAUCCGUCCUGCGCUCCUACUCGCCAGGGAAGAAGAGGAACUCCACCACUUGUUCAUCUUUAGAGCACGGCUUACGAAGAGUGUCCGGGCCGUCGCCGCCGACCAACAAAAGGGCCGGAAAGGCCUCCCGGUUGUGCGUGCAGCUCGGCGCCUGCCAUCUUGCUUUCCAAGCCUCUGCCCUAGCCCCGUCUCAUAAUUAGAAUCGCCGCCAUUUCCAAAUCCUUCCCGAGCUGCUGGGAGUGCCAAGCACAAAUGAAGAGGCAAUCGAAGAGGCCCGCCAGCAGCAAUGAAUCCACAGAAGCAGGGGAGAAGCUGGCGUUCGCGGAGGACGAGGCCCAGGCCCUAACGGCGCGCAACAUGGAGCACGACGACGCCGAGCUCGACGACGUGGACGACGACGAGGACGAGCUAGCCGGCGGCCGCGCGGCGCGGCCGGCGUGCGGGCUGGGCGAGAAGAAGCGGCGCCUGGCGAUGGAGCAGGUGCGCGCGCUGGAGCGGUGCUUCGAGACGGACAACAAGCUGGACCCGGACCGCAAGGCCCGCAUCGCGCGCGACCUCGGCCUGCAGCCGCGCCAGGUCGCCGUCUGGUUCCAGAACCGCCGCGCACGCUGGAAGACCAAGACGCUCGAGCGCGACUUCGCCGCGCUGCGCGCCCGCCACGACGCCCUCCGUGCCGACUGCGACGCGCUGCGCCGCGACAAGGACGCCCUCGCCGCCGAGAUACGGGAGCUGAGGCAGAAGCUGUCCAGCAGGCCGGAGACGGCGGUGAAGCUCGAGGAGGCCGUCGCCAAUGAGGCCGCAGAGGAGCGCCAGGCGACGGUCGGCGCGGCGGUCUGCAAGGACGGCUCCUCGGACAGCGACUCGAGCGUGGUGUUCAACGACGUUGAGGCGUCGCCGUACUCCGGCGCGGCGUUCGAGCAGCCUGGAUUGCUCGGGUUCGGUCCGCCGUUCUUGGACACGUCGGCGGCAACGACGGGCUGCUCGCCUCUCCCCAUGUUCGAGACCAAGUGGCAGCAGGGGCCGACGUACCCAUACGACUCGUACAAGGCCGGCGGCGGCUAUGGCUUCACGGAGGAAUGGCUCGCCAGCUCGGACGUGAUCGGCAGCGACGGCGCGGUCAGCUUCUUCUCCGAGGAGCACGCCUCCAGCCUCAACUUCGGCUGGUGCGCGAGCGGCACCGAGGCCUGGGAGUGAGCGAGGUUUUGAUCCCCACGGUUAGUGUAAAAAGGCAAUGUGCUUGUGCAUCCAUGGAGCUUAGGCUCCGACAAGGCACCUAGUGAUCCCAAAGCUAGCGGACAUCCAACGCAAGGCGGGAACAAGAGCAGUAGCCAGUAACAAUAACGGUGAAUUUGAGUCAGGCUAAUGGUCUAAUGGAGGAUGUAAAUGUAAAAUUGUAAAAAGAGGCUGUACUGCUCCACCGUUGGUCCUUUUGAGGUGUACGACUUGGAUGCAACGAAUCGGCGAUGAGCAUACAAGGGGCCAAUCGGAAAUGAUAAGCACAGGCUGCAAAUUUAUGAUAUAUGAUGAAAUAAAACACAUCUAGAAUUAAAUGA